CCCCCCGCCGCCGCCGCAGCAGCGCAGCCGCCCCCGCCGGGGUGUGCGCCCGGGGCCGCUCCGCACCAUCACCCGCCCGCUGCCCUCUGCGCCCGGCGCCAGGCCGCCAGCGCAGGAAGGAGAUGCAGCAGCAACCUUGAGUGGGUGCUGCUGAAACCAUUCCUGACCCACCUGCCUUGAGCCCAGCACCAACCAUGAGCGGCUUCUUCUCACGCCUGGACCCACGUCGGGUACCAUGGGGGGCAGCAGGCUAUGCCCUGCGCACCCGCGUCCUGCGCACCAAGCCUGUGGAGUCCAUGCUGGAGGGCACAGGGACUGCCACCACCCAGGGUGCCAGGCUGGCCAAGGUCCUCACCACCCUCGACCUCAUCUCCCUUGGCGUCGGGAGCUGCGUGGGCACCGGCAUGUAUGUAGUGUCUGGCUUGGUGGCCAAGGAGAUGGCAGGGCCUGGGGUCAUCGUUUCCUUCAUCAUCGCUGCUGUUGCCUCCAUCUUGUCAGGCGUUUGCUAUGCUGAGUUUGGGGUGCGGGUCCCCAAGACCACAGGCUCAGCCUACACCUACAGCUACGUGACGGUGGGGGAGUUUGUGGCGUUCUUCAUCGGCUGGAACCUCAUCCUGGAGUACCUGAUAGGCACAGCCGCAGGUGCCAGUGCUCUCAGCAGCAUGUUUGACUCACUGGCCAACCACACCAUCAGCCGCUGGAUGAUCAACAGCGUGGGGACGUUGAACGGACUAGGGAAAGGAGAGGAGUCAUACCCUGACCUUCUUGCGCUGGUCAUUGCUGUCAUCGUCACCAUCAUCGUGGCCAUGGGGGUAAAGAACUCGGUGGGGCUGAACAACGUGCUCAAUGUCAUCAACCUGGCAGUCUGGAUCUUCAUCAUGAUUGCUGGCCUCUUCUACAUCAAAGGUGACAACUGGGCUGAAGGGCAGUUCCUGCCAUUUGGAUGGCCAGGGGUGCUCAAAGGGGCUGCAACAUGUUUCUAUGCCUUCAUUGGCUUUGACAUCAUUGCUACCACUGGAGAAGAAGCAAAGAACCCCAACACCUCCAUCCCCUAUGCCAUCACGGCCUCGCUCGUCGCAUGCUUGACAGCCUACGUGUCUGUGAGCAUCAUCCUCACACUGAUGGUGCCCUACGAUGCCAUUGACACUGAGUCCCCUCUGAUGGAAAUGUUUGUGGUCCAUGGCUUCUACGCGGCCAAGUUCAUCGUUGCCAUUGGGUCUGUGGCCGGCCUGACCGUCAGCUUGCUGGGUUCCCUCUUCCCAAUGCCAAGAGUCAUUUAUGCCAUGGCUGGUGAUGGGCUGCUCUUCAGGUUUUUGUCCCACGUCAGUUCUUACACAGAAACUCCAGUAGUGGCUUGCAUUGUCUCUGGAUUCCUGGCAGCACUGCUCUCCUUGCUGGUCAGCCUGAGGGACCUGAUAGAAAUGAUGUCCAUUGGCACACUGCUCGCCUACACCUUAGUCUCUGUCUGCGUCCUGCUCCUCCGCUACCAACCCGAGAGCGACAUCGAUGGCUUCGUCAAGUUCCUCUCUGAGGAGCACACCAAGAAGAAGGAGGGCAUCCUGGCUGACUGUGAGAAGGAAGCUUGCUCUCCAGGCAGUGAAGGAGAAGAGUUUGCUGGCCCACCAACCAACACGUGUGGGGCAAAAAACCUGCCCUCCCUGGGGGAUAACGAGAUGCUAAUUGGGAAAUCUGAUAAAUCAGCCUACAACGUGAACCACCCCAACUACGGCACGGUGGACAUGACCUCGGGGAUAGAGGCGGAUGAGUCUGAGAACAUUUACCUCAUCAAGCUGAAGAAGCUGAUCGGCCCUCGCUACUACACCAUGAGGAUCCACCUUGGGCUGCCGGGGAAAAUGGACCGCCCCACGGCAGCCACUGGCCACACCGUCACCACCUGCGUGCUCCUCCUUUUCGUCCUGAUGUUCAUCUUCUGCUCCUUCAUCAUUUUUGGGUCAGACUACAUCUACGAGCAGAGCUGGUGGGCUGUCCUCCUUGUCGUGCUGAUGGUCCUGCUCAUCGCCGUGCUGGUGUUUGUGAUCUUGCAGCAGCCAGAGAACCCCAAGAAGCUGCCCUACAUGGCACCAUGUCUGCCCUUCGUCCCUGCUUUUGCCAUGCUGGUGAACAUCUAUCUCAUGCUGAAGCUCUCCACAGUCACCUGGAUCCGAUUUGCAGUCUGGUGUUUUGUGGGCCUGCUGAUCUACUUUGGCUAUGGGAUGUGGAACAGCACCCUGGAGAUCAGCGCCCGGGAGGAGGCCCUGCACCAGAGCACCUACCAGCGCUACGACGUGGACGUCGACCCCUUCUCUGUGGACGAUGGCUUCUCCUAUGCCACUGAGGGUGAGGACUACCCGGGCUGGGGCCCCUCUGAGGACAAGGGCUUCUCGUACCAGCACAUGGCAGGAGCAAAGGAAAGCCAUCGGACGAGUAGCAGGUCGAAAAGCAAAGGCAGGCACAAACCGCCCUCGGAGGCCCUCAUCGCCAACGACGAGUUGGACUACUCGCCCGAGUAGGGAGGUGGGCAGCGGGGCACCGCGCCACCCACUCAAUGAGGAAGGGUCCCCACGGCUCCCCUGUCCUGUCCCAUACUCCCCAAGUCCCUCACCACCCCUCACUCCCCUCUGGUCCUCAGGACACACUCUGCAGUUGCCGUUGACCCCGAGGCAAACACGUUCAUGGCCCAUCCCGGCUCCACCGAUUGGGCCUUGCUUUGGUGGAUGCCAGCUGAUCCCACGGCACUGGCUGAUGUCCUGGCACCAGCCACACCCGUGGAGGUGGUGGAGCGGGAGAUGUGCCAAACUGGGAGCGUGUUGAGAGGCAGAAGGCGCUGCACGAGUGGACAAGAGGAGUUGUCCCCAGGCAAUGUCCACCUGAUGGCUGCAGCGGUGGGAUGACACUCUUACAUUUGUGGCACUUCCUCAGCAUGUGUCUUUUUCCCUUUGAACCACCUAGAAGUAACAGCUGAGCCACAGGGACAGAUGGUUUAGGUAGGUACCCGCAGAGAUGGACAAACCCCUUUCAAGGGAGUAGUUCAGAGGUGGGUCCAGGGAUGUUGAUCCCGUCACACAGUAUUUCCAUGGCUCAUUCUGGGGCAAAGGCACUCAGUGUGCACAGCAGUGCUACCCUCAUGUCCAUCCUCACACCUCAAAUCUGAGCAUCCCAAAUCAUCAAACCUUGAAGUCCCAGCACAGCCAAGCAUCCCAAAUCUGCACCUGGGAGCCCAGUCCCCUGUCUGGUUACAGCAAGGGCUGAGAUCUGCUCUUGGCUCAACCCACCCUCUGCAAACGAUCAAUGAGGACCACGCAUCACCAGUCUGAGGCUGGAUGCUGUUCCCACCACGCUGUGUCUUUUACAAAUGACUGUGCUGUAAUUCCCUCACUGCAGUGGGCACAUUUCACCACCUACCCUGGCAUCGGUGCUUCAAGGGCGCGUCUGUGUCCUGCAAAGCAGCAGCCUUCAUCGGUCAGCCACGUCUUGGCAGGACUGGCCACACAUGGCAAGUGGAGAGGACUCUGCUGCUGAAAUCUUUCUUCCUGCUGCUGUCUCCAUCUUGUGCCAUUUUCUCUGUUUCUGCCCCUGGCUUAUUGGAUGCUGUAAAAAAAAACAACCAACCAACAAACAAACACUGAAAUGCUGCUCGUUCUGUAAGUGCCCAGGUUGCAACGUGAAACCAAACAGAACUGAUCAACACAUGGACAUUUCUCAUAGCUGGACUCUCCAGAUUGGCCCCAGCACAGCUAUGGCCCCCAGCAGUGCCAUCAGGCUCCCCACUGGCAGCAUCUCUGAGGACCAUCAGUAGUGAUAAGGUUCGGUCACAGCCACCAUCGCCUCUGCCACAGAGAGCAGCUGCACUGCUGAGUCAGCAGUUUGCAGCAGGUCCAGUUCUGGAGCCCAUCACCAACAUGCUGACUUUAAAACACUGCAACAGGGGAACACCUUCCUGAAUAGAUAAUACCCAAGGAAGCACCCCACCAGAUAGUGACACCACUCUCCUCCUGAACGCCAAAGGCUGCAUCCGGAUCCAUCCCCAGGAGCAGCCUAGACCAACCUCCGCUACCAGGGGGUGCUGCUGGCAUCCCAGGGGACAAUUUAACAUCAACAGGGACAUGAGGCAAGAUUUCCAGCAUGUGAUGCUGAGAACCAUUAACACUUUGGGUCACUGGAUGAGUCUCAGCCCCCCCAAAAUACAGCAUGGAGCCUGCCUGGCAAGUGGUCUGUGGGGUGCAGAGGGUACCUGGACCCAUCCCCAGGGUUUCCAGGGCUCAAGGGCUCGAUGGAGAGACUCUGCUCACAGCUGCAAAUGUUUCCCCACACCUCCUGUCCCAAACAGUGACCAAGGAGAGGUAGAUGCCCCAUCCCUGGAACCAUUCCAGGUCAGGUUGAAUAGGCUCAGAGCAGCCUGAUCUAGUUGAAGAUGUCCCUGCUGCCUGCAGGGGGGUUGGACUGGGUGACCUUUAAUGGUCCCUUCCAAUCCAAACAUUUCUGUCAUUCUGUCAAACUGCAGUCCUUUUCCCAGUGGAAAGGAAUGACCAAGAUCUUAACCUGGUAUGCCCCAGGCAAGCCAAGGGAAGUUUGGCCUCUGCAAGGGUUUCAGAAUGGGAGCAAGGAUUUGGUAGCAGGACCUGUAAGCUUUGCUCUGGCAUCCCCUCCCACUGCCUGCCCCAGCCACACUUCUGCAAACAGAAUUCCCAAGUAUGUCCCCACCAAAAGCUGUCUGCAACAUGCACACAACUCACAGGCCAGCUUGGGAAGCCUUUCUGGUGGUGCUGAGCAAAGGGCACCUCUCACUUGCGCUUGGCUACUCUUGCCCUCAAUGCCUUAGAAGUACCCAAGAGAGAUGGCACCUCACAGGUCUGGCUUUAUGUUUUCAGGGAGAAAGAGUGAUGCUGUUUUCCUACCAGCUCUUGUACUAUCCCAUAUCCGAGGUAGUUGUCUUCAUCCUGCUUCUGCACAGUAUUUAGGCAUCUGCUGCACCACAAACUCAUGCCCAAGUGUUGAACCGAAGCUGUUACUCCUUCUGCAGCCUUAAUCUCUUGCUACAGAGCAGUUACCAGUAGCAGUGUCUUGUUGUCAUGUCUGCUCUAGUUGUGCUGUAUCAUUUGACAAGGGCUUGAUCCCUUGCUCUUUGGUGUCUGUAGAAACCUCUCCAUUGGAUCCAUGUAUUGAGUGAAGCCCUUUGGCUGCUCUCAGUCCCAUUCACCCAUCCUCCUUCCCCUUCCUGAGGAAGCACCAGGGCAGGACAGUUGUGUCAUGUCCCCAGGACUGCCGGUAAACAAUAUUUAAUGUCAUGGCGCCACCAGAGGUGGAUGGGCUGCCACCAGCCCUCCCCAUGCUAGGGAGUGGGAGCUGUACCCUUCUUUUGAGCCUACCACAUCCCACCCAGUAGAGGUGCAUAAGAAGAAGGCAGCCAAGACACAGACUAGGACUUGCCUGGGUUUGCUGGUGGCUGUGGCCAGUGUCCCGGGAGGCCAGUUUGCAGCAGGGUCCCCCUGCUUCGAUCUGAGCAGCAGUGCCUGUGGGACAGCCUCCACCUGGGAGCUUCCAAGCCUUCCCUUGGAGCAGGCACUCUGGUCUUCAGUGGGCACAAGCAAAGCCGCAAAGGCUGAAAGAUUCAUGCCCAAUGCCUCUGGGCACCACUGGGUGAGAACACUGGGAGGAGGUAUGAGUGCUUUUGUUGCUGUAACCACAAAAUCCAGCCUUUCCCCCUGCGUGUCCUCAGGGAGGUUCUCACACCCCCUGACCCAUCAGGAGGACACAGGCAGGGUGGUACCACCCUGCUCCCACCACCAGUGAGAGGCACACAGCCCCUCCAACGGGCGCACACCCUGGUGGGGGACAUGAAGCAUGGUACAGACGGAGCAUAAAUACCUCAAAACUUCCAGACCAUCUCUAUAAGAUCUCAGACCCUCCACAAAUUCACUCUGCACGGUUCCAGCCACCCAGUACUAGUCCAGCACGCCAGCAUCCUCCACGCAGCAGAGAAGUCACCCCUCUGAACGACAUGGGAUGUUGUAAAUCCAGCUUGUAAAUGAUCUUCACUUCGUUUUGUUUGGUCUUUCUGAUGUAUAUCUUGCCUCUUUUUUUUUUUUUUGCCUC